AUGAAGUUCACAACAUUAAUACUCAUCACAUUCGUUAUCAUCGCCAUAUCAUCUUCUGUUCCGAUCAGAGCAACCGCCGUAGAAGGUUUUGGAGAAGAGGAAAACGUGUGUCAUCUGAUAAGGCUCUUGCCUUGCUUACCUGCAACAUACAUGGGACUACCUCCGAGUAGAGGUUGUUGCGACAGACUGAAGGUGCAGGAAUCGUGUCUAUGUGGCUAUAUAAAAAAUCAAGACUAUGGUAUUACUUCUCCAAAAUCUCGUUCGAUGUUAGAAGAAUGUAAGAUUCCUUAUCCCAAUUGUUGA